AUGAUGGACGGCAUAGGAAUUGGCAGACAGCCACUCGAAGGAACACUUGUUGAUAUGGAGGGUGUCGCAGCACUUGCCGAAACAUCCACCGUUGUCGAUGAUGUCGCUGUACUUAAUGCUGAUGAAGAUGACACCGUUGGAGAUGACACUGAAAUGCUAACUCGAGUUUCAAAAGAAGGGGGAAGAGUCGCCAGAGGUGGAACUGUAGUAGACCCACUGGACGAUGGAAUUGGACCAGAGAAAUGGCAGUCGGCGAUGUACUUGUCGCCGGUGUUGGCAGAUUUUUUGCGUACUAUUUUUAAAAGGAGAAAUCUUUUAGUGUCAAUUAAAAUAUGGUAA